AUUAAUUUUUUUCCAAAUACAUAUUUAUGCAUCAUUCAUCGGGUCAGAGGGAUCCGGGACGGCUCAGACUUGAUCCCACCUUUGCCGCUUCCCUUUUCCCACUCCCAGUUCCUCCGGGGCUGGGCCCAUCUGCCUCGCUCCCAUUUGCACGGGGCUUUUCGUUCCAGGAGCAUCUGUCGGAGGGAGAGGAGGCCAGCUCCCCCCCAGGACUGAUUUUGCUCUUUAUUGGGAACGGGACCAGCGACCCUGCGGCGGCGACGGGGACCGCUGCUCCUGGGUGGGAGCCGGAGGGAGUCGGGCAGAGCCGCCCGGGACCCCAGCGGCGGGUCCAAGGGCAAGGAGGCUGGCAGGGCCGCCGCGCAGGGCAUGACCUGGCGCUUCCGUGUGGGACCAAGGGCUGCCCCGCGGCUGGAGAGUCUUCCCCUGCCUGGGGACAAGCCCCAUCUCCGAGGGGCCGGCUGAGGCCAGAAAGCGGCCCCCUGCGAAGCCGCCGGGCACCCUCUGCGCCUUCAGUCGCGGGGACCCGCCCGGGUCGCUCAGGCCCCAGGCGUCCCAAGCCCACCCUUAGCUCGGGUUUUCCGGGCUCUGAAUCCAUCCCCCGCACCCCCCUCGAAAGGGACCUAGUCCUGCCUCGUUCUUCAGGCCACGAGCGGCUGAAGGGAAAGGAACAAGUCCCUGUCCCAGUUUAUCAUCCAACUCCAAGCCAAACUCGGUUGGCAACACAGCUGACUGAAGAAGAGCAAAUCCGAAUAGCCCAGAGGAUAGGUCUGAUCCAGCAUCUGCCUAAAGGAGUGUAUGACCCUGGGAGAGAUGGGUCAGAAAAAAAGAUCCGGGAGUGUGUGAUCUGUAUGAUGGACUUUGUUUACGGAGACCCGAUCCGGUUUCUGCCGUGCAUGCACAUUUAUCACCUGGACUGUAUAGACAACUGGCUCAUGAGGUCCUUCACGUGCCCGUCCUGCAUGGAGCCGGUGGACGCAGCGCUGCUCUCCUCCUAUGAGACUAACUGAGCCUCGGGUCUCUCUUCUGAUCAGUGCUUUGGAUGGUUUUGCUCUUUUGUCACUGAGCCCACAGAGCCAGGGAGCAGGAAUUAAGAUCAUGCACAAAAGUCAUUUCCUAGAAAUUCCUGAAUGGCUGCAGAGGUUGGAAACAGUCCAUGAUAUUUUAGAGUCCAGAGGAACAAGUAGGAAGGUAUUUUUACAUAAAGCCUUGACCCAAUGUUUAAACUAUAAUUGUACUUAGUCUUGUUAUUAUUCCAGUGCAUAGGAAUUGUGUAAAGUGUUACAGCAGCUGUAGAUGUUUAAAUUGUGUGUAUUGAAGAUUUUCUUAGGAGCAAGGUAGGGGUUAUUUUUCCUAAAUGAAAUAACUUUCAUUCCCUCUCUCCCCAUUCUUUUCACAAGUUGCUAGCAUUUGGGUCAAGGUUUUCUUAAAAGCUACAUUUUAUAACACUGGCACAAAGAAGUAGUUUUAAGCUUGUUUGCACAGUUCUUUUUUCCAUUGGAGAUGGAAUCCAUUGCCUUAGGUCUUUUUAAAUAGUGUAUUGUUAUUGUUGGGGCUGCCUCUAUGCUUGAAAACCAGUUUAUUUAUAACCUGUUCAAAGUGCUAUGUUCUGUUUGCAGUUAGGAUUAUGCAGAAUUUAAAGUGAUCUCCUAGCUCUUAAGCAAACUGAGAUGCACUAUCCCUUUUCUAUUUUUUGAAAAAAGAAAGUGACUUAAUAUGAGAAUAGACAUCAACCCAAGGAAAAUGAUUUUAAUAUUUACUCAGUCCAGGGUUUUGCUUAAUUUGUUUGACUCUGCAUGGUAAGAAUUAAAAUUUUGAGCAGACUUAAAACAUUAAGGCUUUUGAGCUCAAAUUAGGCCACUGUGCUAUAGAACAUGAAGAGAGACCCCAUAGGGAUAAUGAGUAUUACAAGAAAAAAGAUUCCCACUUGUGACUUGGGUCAUUUCUUCCUCCCUUUCCCAUAAAGACUUAUUAUAAGUCUUGGACCUUAGCAAAAGGAUACUGCAUCUCGAAUUACUGUAGUUCUGAGGUUAUUGAAGUUAAAUAAACCGAAUCUCGAUCUCUGUUUGGAAGGUAUCUGUUUAGUCCUGCUGGCUGAUCAAGCAAGUAGGUGGAAAUAAUAAGGUAGAUGUUUCUCAUGUUUUUUUUUUUGCACACCAAUGCCGAGUUUGUAUAACCACAUGACUUCAUAGUUGUGAUCUCAAGAAAGAAGGAAUUUCUCCUUCAUCUGUUUCUUGCAGCUGAUGUAACAAUGCAAGAAAUCUCUUAAGCUUCUGAAGUGUUUCUAGUAGAGACAGUCUUGUAAAGAUGUGGUCGUCAUCUUUUUCUCCAGUUAGCAUGUGUUUGUUUUUCCUUAUUGUACUCUACUGUGACUUUUAGAUGUUCGGCUCCACACUGGCCCUGCAGUUACCCAUCCUAGAUGAGCAGAAAGAGAUGCAGUCUCAACUUAACCCAAAGGAAUCAGGAAGUGUUUCUGACUUUUUGUUUGAAAUUGAGUCCUUUACCUAACAUUUUUAUAUUGUCAAACACACAGACUUGAAGGAGCCUCUGUGCUUAGAUUCUAGAAAGGUGAAAUAUAUCAUAAGUACUUUUUUAAAACGUUUGUCUUUUGAAUGCAGGAGGGUCUCUACAUGAUUAUUUUUUUCCCCUAUUAAUCCAUAAUGGAAAGAUAUAAAGUGAAUUUGAGAAAAGUUUAAAGGAAAUUCUAGUAUCAGGUCCAUUUAAAUUGUUAGCCGUGUCUCUUGGUCGAAUUUUUUAUUUAUUAAUUCAAAUACACCCAAUUAUAUAAAGCAAAUCUGAGAAGAAACAGCUGAAGUUGUGCAAUAUUUUCAGUGAUGAUACUUUUUUUAUCAUUGUGUGUUUUUCUAUAUAAACGUGAUGCCCAUGUCAUUAAGUAUUAAUAGCCAGACUUUCUUUUUCUUGAUUGUUAAAAUUGGCCAAAAAAAAAAAAAAAAUGAACUUUCAUUUUUUUAAACGUUUUUUAUGUUGCUCUUAGUCUUUAUUUAUUCUAAGGCUUGAUUAGGAAAAGUUUGGAAGUCCUGUUGAAGUGACUGGUUCCUGAGUUGAAUGCUUUUUUUUUUUUUUUUUUUUUUUUUUUUUUAGGCACUUUGUAUUGUUAAACUUUAUUUUGGUCUCCUUAUACCAUGUUAAGAAUCAUAAACCUCUGCUUUUACUAAGUUGUUAAAUAAAGUCAUAAUAGUUAUAAAGGGCUAAAGUUAGAAUUGAUUCCAUAAGAAUAUCCCCUUACCCCUCAAAAAAAAAGCAACCCUUCAAUUUCAAACAGUGGUAUGUAAAAUUAACAAAUAAAUUAAUUGCUUUCAAAAUCC